AUGUCUGAACCUUUUGGGGAAUCCACAGAAAUACCAGAUCUUGAUUCGGUUUUCGAGACACAAUCUACGAUACAGUCAACGGAAUCUUCGAUAAAUGAGCCUUCUACGAUAUAUUCAUCGGAAUCCACAUACGGAUCUCCUUUGGACACAGACACGAUGUCUGAAUCUUUUGGGGAAUCGACAAAAUAUAGAGAUCAUGAGUCCAUAUUGACUGCACAACCAACGGGGCAAUUGACUGAAUCAACUGCUUUGGAUAGAUCCUCAAGACAUGAAAGUUUGUCGACCAAUUUAUUGAAAGCACACUCCACAGGAAGAGGGCCUGCAACGUUCCAAUUCAACUAUUCACCCAUUAUUUCUGAACCCUUAAAGUCGGAAAUUCAGCCCACUGAAAAACUUGAUCAAAAAACCACUUCCACAAUACCGACUUUGCUAACCCAAACCAAACCCCCAGCUAGUACUUUUUCAGAUGCACAAUCAAUAACCAAAACUUUAGCAAAGUCCACAGAACGUACAGUGGAUGCAUCAAAAAAACAAGCAGAAGGAACGAAUCCAUUAUCAAAACUCACGGGAAAAAGUACUGCUGGUACUCCCACAAUAUCAAAACCCCAAGAGAAAGAAAGUGAAGCACAUGAUCUAACGUCUAUUUUCACAUCGCAGACAAUCCCAUCAAAAACGCUUACCAGUGCUCCUUCACGUUCACCAUCGAAAGGGGAAACUUCAACGAAAUUUACAGAACUUUCAGUUCUGAAAUCUACCAAGAAAAUCGAAGGAUCGACACAGGAACUUACGGGAAAAGGCACUGCUGGUACACCAACAAAAUUAAAACACCUAGAGAAAGAAAGUGAAUCACAUGAUCUAAUAUCCAUUUCCACAAUGAAAGCCCCAUCAAAACCCCAUACCAGUAUUCCUUCAGGCUCAACACCGUCAAGCAAAACUUCAGUCAAAACCACAGAAAGUCCAGUUCUGAAAUCCACUUGGAGCAGAAAAUCGACGAUUUCAUUAUCGAAAUCCCCUGGAAAAGCUUCUAUGGGAACACCCAAAAAUUCCGAGCCUAAAUUUGAGUCGUCAGAAAUUCGACCGCUUACAUUCGAUUCGCUGACACAACUAGCCAUACACUCCACGAUAUCCGGGCUUACCUCUGAUACGCCAUCAAUGGCUGAAACUUCAGCGAAGUCCAUCGAAAGUCCAGUUCGACAAUCCACUUUGGAUACAGAAACAACGGUUUCAAGGUCGGAAACGUCCGGUAUAUCUACCGCAGACGCAGAUGAAAUAUCUGAGCGUUUCGAGAAGUCCAAAGAAUAUCCAGAUCGUGCCUUCGGUUUAGAAACACAGGCCACGGUACAGUUAACGGGGGACUUGGAAAGGAAUCCUACGGAUACAUUGUCGAUGUUUGAUGCUUCGACGAUUAAUUCAUUGGACCACUCACGUAUUUCUCCAGCCGGCACAGGCAUAUUAUCUGAACCUUUUGGAGAAUCAACAGACAGUCCAGGUCGUGAUUCCGUUUUCGAGACACCGCCUACGAUACAGCUAGCGGUAUACCCGGCCAGCAAUCAUUCCGAAACAUCCUCAUUAUAUAAGCCUUCAACGAUUUAUUCUUUGGAAUACUCAGGUAUAUAUCCCACAGUCGCAAGUUCUGAAGGUUUUCAGGAAACCAAAGAAAGUCCAGAUCGAGCGUCCGUUUUUAAGACAGAGCCUACGAUACAGUUAACGGUACAUCCUACUAGCAAAUCUUCGGAUAAAAUGCCGAUGUAUGAGCCGGAAUAUUCAUUGGACUACUCAGGUAUAUCUCGCGCAGACGCAGACGCAAUAUCUGAACCUUUCGGGGAAUCAACAGACAGUCCAUAUCGGGCUUCUGCCAAGCCCGCGAUAAAGUUAACGGUAUAUCCGGGAAGCAAUCCAUCGGCUACACCAUCGAUAUACAGGCCUUCGACGGAAUAUUCAUUGGACUACUCAGAUAUAUCUCCCGCAGACGCAGACGCAACAUCUGAACCUUUUGAGGAAUUCACAGAGAGUCCAGAUCGUGCCUUCGUUUUAGAAACACAGGCCACGGUACAGUUAACGGGGUACGCGGAAAGCAAUCCUUCGGAUACACUGUCGAUAUUUGAUGCUUCACCGAUUAAUUCAUUGGACCACUCAGGUUUGUCUUCCGCAGACGCAGACGCAGUUUCUAAACCUUUCUGGGAAUCAACCGAAAGCCCAGAUCUUGCAUCCGUUUUUAAGAUACAGUCCACGAUAAAGUUAACGGUAUAUCCAUCGAUAUAUAAGCCUUCGACGGAAUAUUCACUGGACUACUCAGGUAUACCUCCCGCAGACGCAGACGCUAUAUCUGAACCUAGGAAGGAGGAAUCCAAAGAAAGUCCAGAUCGAGCUUCCGCCUUAGAGACACCGCCAACGAUAGAGUUAACGGGUUACCCGGAAAGAAAGCCUUCGGAUACACCAUCGAACUAUAAACCUUCGACGAUUUAUUCAUUGGACUACUCAGAUAUAUCUCCCACAGUCGCAAUAUCUGAAGGUUUUAUGGAAACCAAAGAAAGCCCAGAUCGUGCUUCCAUUUCUAAGACAGAGCCUACGAUGCAAUUGACGGUACAUCCUACUACCAACUCUUCGGAUACAGUGUCGAUCUAUGAGCCUUCGAUGGAAUACUUAUUGGACUACACAGGCAUAUCUCCCGCAGACCCAGGCGCAAUAUCUGAACCGUUUGAGGAAUUCACAGAGAGUCCAGAUCGUGCUUCCGUUUUAGAGACACAGCCUACAAUAAAGAUAACGGGGUACCCGGAAAUAAAUCCUCCGUUUACUCCAUCGGUAUAUAAGCCUUCGACGGAAACUUCAUUGGACUACUCAGGUGUAUCUCCCGCAGACUUAGACGCUGACGCACUAGCUAAACCUUUCGAACCAUUCACAAAUAGUUCAGAUCGGGACUUCGUUUUAGAUACACAGCCCACGAUACAUCCCACUAGCAACUCUUCGGAUAAACUGUCGAUGGAUGAGCCUUCAAUGAUUAAUUCAUUGGACUACUCUCCCGCAGACGCAGACUCGAUAUCUGAAAUAUUAUUGGAUUCAGCAGAAAGUCCAAAUCGUGAACCAAUGGUGCAGUCGAAAAAAUACACUGAUAUCGUUGAAAUUACAAACAGGCUAUUUGUCAUCGAUGACUUGUUAAUAGCGGACACCACAAAAAGCGGAUUUCUCACGACCCGUUCAAACAUUUAUCUCAGCACUUCCGAAGAAAAACGUACGAAACCAGUUUCUUCAUUCACUACGAUCGCACAUCCAAAGGAUGGGGAAUCUGGACAACCAGCUUCAGAGGAUGGAGAGCCUGGACCACCACCAGAAGAUGCAAAAUCUGGAGAACCAUCACCGGGGUCUGAAAAAACUGGGGGACAACCACCAGGGUUAUUCACUUCAAUCAAACCACUAGAGGAUGGACAAUCUGGAGAAUCACUACCAGAAGAUGGACAAUCUGGUGGACCUGGUGGAGCAACACCAGAGGAUGGACAGUCUGGAGGACAACCACCAGGGUUAUUCACUUCGAUCAAACCACCAGAGGAUGGCCAAUCUGGAGAAUCACAACCAGAAGAUGGACAAUCUGGAGAACCACUACCAGAAGAUGGACAAUCUGGUGGACGUGGUGGAGCAACACCAGAGGAUGGACAGCUUUGGGGACAACCACCAGGGUUAUACACCUCGAUCAAACCAUCGCAGGAUGGACAAUCUGGAGAAUCACAACCAGAAGAUGGACAAUCUGGAGAAUCACAACCAGAAGAUGGACAAUCUGGUGAACCACUACCAGAAGAUGGACAAUCUGGUGGACCUGGUGGAGCAACACCAGAGGAUGGACAGAUGGACAAUCUGGAGAAUCACAACCAGAAGAUGGACAAUCUGGAGAAUCACAACCAGAAGAUGGACAAUCUGGUGGACGUGGUGGAGCAACACCAGCGGAUGGACAGCCUUGGGGACAACCACCAGGGUUAUUCACUUCGAUCAAACCACUAG